AUGGAUAAUCAGGAUUCUAUAGUUGUUGUGGAUAGGAGACAUUCUGAUGUUAGUAGAUCACUAACUAAUUUUUAUUUAUACUCAAAUAACUCCAUCCGCUUGGUAGGAAUGAAUUUGGGUGGAGUUGUUGACGAAAAUAAUGAUGAAGAAAAUGAAGUAAUCAGUGACCUUUCUAAUUUGUUUAUAGCUGAAAAUCAGAUUUACAAGGAUAAGGAAACACUUAUGGAGGUGAUGCAACAUUAUGGAGUUGUCGAAAAAUUCAGAUUUCUUGUAUCUCGUUCUAGUUCUUCUUGUUAUUACCUGAAGUGUCCUUCUGAGAAUUGUUCAUGGUUGAUGAAUUCAUCAAGUUUGAAUCAAUCGAGCCUAUACAAAAUCAAAAAAUACUAUGCGGAUCACACUUGUUCUGUUCGAGAUAGAGUGUAUGCAAGGCGUCAUGGAAUCAUUGACGUUGUAGCUGUUUUGAUAAUGGAUAAAUUUAUUGAUCCAGUAACUAUAUACACUCCGAAAGAUAUAGCUGAAGACAUGUUGAAAGUACAUGAUGUUUCGCUUACAUACAUGCAAGCCUGGCAAGUUAAAGAAAAGGUAUCCAUUAUUCAAUUGGUUUCCAUUGUGUAUCCAAUUGAUAUUCAUGUUGUGUCCAAUUUGAAUCUAAUUGGUUAUCUGUAUAUAUUGGAGCAGACCUAUCAUGGUUCUGUUUUGAGCUUGGAAAGAAAGGAAUGUGAGAGCUUUUUAUAUGCAUUUGUUGUAUUAAAAGCAUGUAUUAGAGGUUGGGAGUAUUGUAGCCCAGUUGUAGUGGUUGAUGGUGCAGCCUUAAGAGGCACAUAUGGUGGUACAAUGUUGACUCCACGCACUAUGGAUCUAGGAGGUCACAUACUUCCACUUGCUUAUGCCAUAGUAGAUUCUGAGAAUGAUGCAUCGUGGACCUGGAAUACUGAAGAUUUGAAGAAGCUUUCUUUUACGAUGACAAAGGCUUAUACAAUACAACAAUUUGAGGCGAUUAUGAAAAGAAUAGACCAGAUAGACCCAAGAAUAAGAGGUUAUUUAUUCAAUAUCGGGUAUAGCAAGUGGUCAAGGACUUAUUCAAAAUGUAAGCGAACAUGGACCAUGACUUCAAAUAUAGCAGAAUCUUUAAAUAAUGUUAACAUGAUAGCAAGGAGGUUGCCAGUGAUUUCACUUCUUGAAUUUAUGAGGAUAACAAUUCAAACAUGGAUUCAUAAGCACAACGAGGAGGCUGCAAAAACUAGAUCAGAGCUGACAAAAAGAUAUGAUCUUAAGCUCCAGAAAAAUAUUGCUUUGUCUACCGGUAUGAGGCUUGAAGAAUUUUCAAUAUGCAUAUGCGAGAGUACAUGGGAUAUACCAAGUUAUGUUUCAGAGCCUAAAUUGAUGUCGCCUGGUUCAAAGAGAACGGUAGGAAGACUGCAACUUGAACGCUGGAAGGGAUUUGCUGAUAUGAAAUUCAAAAUGUCUAAAGUUACUUGCAGUAGAUGUCAAGUGGGCCACAACAGGAAGACAUGUUCAAAUUAUCCUGCACCAUAA